UCCAAGCGACUCGCUCGCAACGGCGCCGGCUCGACGACUCGACGACGCCGCAGCGGCGCAAUGAUCGACCCUCUCCUCGACGCUCGACGCGGCAGCCCUCGCCGCGGGCUCCUCCUUUCCUGCCUAGUCCUCUGGCUCGGCUACAGCUUCUCCACCUCGGACGAGUGGCGUGCCACAGCGUGGGCGGCGCUCUGCACGGCUGCCCUGCUCGCGCUCUGCGUGCCGUCGCUCUGGGCCACGUUCGCGCUGCUCCACCAAUACAUCGCGACGCUCUCCCUCCGGCCCAACGCCCGGCUCGUAGACUGGACGUACCUGGCGCUCCUCCAGGGGCUGCUGGCGGCGGCGGCAGCUUGGGUGUGCGGCGCGUGCUGCGCGUGGACGCUCCCGGGCGCAUGGCCGCUCUUCGGCGCCGCCCUUGAGGGCAUCCCUCCGCCCAAUGUGACGCUGCCCGUCGUCGGGUGGGCGGAGGUGCCGCUGGUGCCGCCAGACGGCGUCCGCCUCCCGGCGUGGGUGCCUGCCGCCAACGUCACGCUGCCCGCGAGCGUGAGCUGGACGCACGGCGAGCUGCACCUGCGGUGGUGGUCGGCGGGCGCGGCGAUCGGCGCGCUCGCGGGCGGCCUCUUCCUGGCGCAGCGGCUGGUCGCGUUCGUCGCCAUGGGAUGUGGCGGUGGCCCUGCGAUCUGGCGCCGCCACCCGCCUCGCCAGGGCGGGCGCCACACCCGCCGCGUCGGCGCGGAGGAGUUCGACUUGCUGGCCGAGUACGUGGCAAGCCAGUGCGGCGCGCAGGCGGACCGCUACUCGUUCGGCAUGUCGCUGCACGCCGCGUGGCGCGUCGCCAGCCCGGAGCUCGAGGCUGCGUUUGGGCGCAUGGCGGCGGCGCGAGAGGCCGACGGCAAGCCGACGCGCCGCGAGCUGCUCUUCCACGGCACUCCGAUAGAGAACGCGCAUGCGAUCGUCGCCGAGGGGUUCCGGCUGCCGCCGCACGGAGGCAUGUUUGGGCGCGGCGUCUACUUUGCGGACUGCCCGCUCAAGUCGCUGCGGUACGCGGGCGGCCUCGGCGGCUGGCUGCGCGGAAGGCGGCACAUGCUGGUCUGCGAGGUCGAGCUCGGCGCACCGCUCCACACCCGCCGCGCCCGCACCGACCUCCACGGCACCUCCACGGCACCUCCACGACACCUCCACAUCACGAUGACACCUCCACGACGCGCCCCACGACGCGCCCGCGACUCGUCCGCAGACCUCGACCCAGAGAAGGACCUCGAGGCGAAGGGGUUCGACUCGGUCGCCGCGUCGGCGUCGGCGGGCGGGCUGCGCGCGCCCGAGUUCGUGCUGUACCGCACCGAGCGCGUCGUGCCGCGCUACGUGCUCGCGGUGGCGCAGUGCGGCAGGGGAGAGCCGGCCGAGCUCCGGCCCGCACUACGAGCGCGGCCGCCGGGGGAGUGGCUCGCCGCCCUCCGCGCCGCCGCCGCCGCCGCUCCUUCCGAGGUCGCGGCCGAGGCGAGGCCGGGCGGCAAGGGCGGCGCGGCGCCCGGCACGGGGCAGGGCGUUGCGGCGGCGCGGUCGGCGCCUUCGCCCGGCGGGGUCGGCGCGCCGCUCUCGGCGGAGGAGCGCGCGCUGCUCGCGGAGCUUGUCGCGGGCGGCACGCGGGUGGCGCGGCGCGAGACUGGCGGCUGGAGCUCGUGGGGCGGGUCGGACCUCUCUGGCGAGAGGCUGGUGGUUGACGCUGAGCGGGCGGCUCUCGUGUUUGAGCACCUCGGCGACGAGGAGGAGGGCGGAGGCGGCAGCGGAGGCGGCGGAGGUAGCGGCCAGGAUGGCGACGACAGCGGAGGCGGCGCCUUUCUCGCGGCCGUCGGCCUGGAGUCCGUCUCGUCGAUCUCGCCCGCUCCGGCGGCGUCCCCUCCCGGCCUGCUGGUGGAGGUGCGCGGGUCCGGGUGGGUAUGGUCUCGGCCAGGGACGGUCUCGCUCACGCUGCUGCCCGACUCGACCGGGGGCGACGGCGGCGGCGGCGGCGGCGGAGCCACCCUCGAGGCGCGCCGCGACAGGCUGCUCGCGCUGCUGCGGGGCCUCGCCUCGCGCGUGCCUCCGCGGCUGCGGGAGGCGGCCCCCCGCCGCGGCGGCGCUUGGUUGGCCGACGAGUCGAGCUACCGAGCGGAGCGCGCCUCGCUGUCACCUGCGGAGGUGCGUGCGCUGCUCGGCCAGCCGGAGCCGCCCACUUCCCUCUGCGACUGCUUUGGCGCCGAGCGGGGUGCGUCGGCGAGAGUGGUGGCGUCGUCGCUUUGCGACUGCGCAGAGGCGCGCGCCUCCUGCUCCUCCUUCCUCAGCGGCCCCCCGAUCGAGGUCGUCCUCAAGCUAGCUUGCGUCCCGCUCGCCUUCCCGCUCGCCCUCGCGCUGCUGCUGCUCUGGCGCGUCCUGCCCGCGGCGGCGCGGCUGGCCGGAUCGGUGCUGCUCGCCGCCUGCCGCGCGGUGCACGCCGGCUGGGUCGCCGCCGUCGAGUGGGUCGCCACCCACUGCAAGCGCUGCGUCUACGCGCUGGUCGACCAUUGCUGCUUCCCUCUCUCGCGUGCCGUCCGCGUCGCCACCGCCCCGCUCGUCGCCGCCGCCGCCGCCGCCCUCCGCCUCGCCUCGCCCGCGGCGCGCGCGCUCCGCGACGGCACCGCGGCGCGGCGUGCACGCGAGCCGAGAUCGCCCAAACUUGCCCAAGAUCACCCCGAGGUCGUUUGGGAGCAGGCGCUCGGCGUGCACGCGAGCCACGCCGUGUGCGUCGGCGCCCGCGGCGCUUGCCGCGGCGCCGUGGCGCUCGACGCGCUGGUUACCGAGGCCGUCUGGCUCCCCCUCGAGGCUUGCGCGCGGCUCGCGUCGCAUUUGCUCGGAGGGUGCGCGGCGGCGACGCAGCGCGCGUUCGCCUCUGCGGGCGACGCGCUGCUACGGCUCGUCGCGGCUUGCUGCCGUUUGCUCGGAGGCGCCUUUUCCGCGUUUUGCUCCGCGCUGAGCAUGAUUUUCGACGCGGCGGCGCCGCUCGUCUCCGCCUUUGUAAGCGCGGUCUCCUUUCUCAUGCGCCACGUCGCCGCGGCGCUCUCGCCGGUCGUGACACUCGUGCAGGCGGCCCUCUCCGCCGCCCUCUCCGCAGCGCUGGUGGCGCUCGCGGCGGCGGCGGCGGUGGCGACGUGGGUGUUCGACUCGUUGCUGGCGCCUACGUUUGCGGCCGUGGCGGGAGCGGUUACCGCCGUUGGCACGGCGGUGGCGGGCGCGGUGGGCGCGGUGGGGGCGGCGGCGGGGGCGGUGGCGCUCGUGCUCGGGGAGGCGGUGGGCUCUCUGCUCAGUUGCCUCGGCCUCGGCGGGCGGACGCGGACAGCGGGGGUAGGGCGGUAUCAGCGGCAGGCGGGGUGAGCGAUCUCUGGUCGACAUCUGUCUCUCAUGUGGUGCGGAUUGAGUGGUUUUUAGUAUACAAACGAAGAGUGUCCCAA